AUGAUUCUCUCACGCUCUGUCUCUGUUCUUCAUUUCUACGGAGUUUCUUCCACGACGCCGAAGCUCUUAUCCCAAAGAUUCAAGGUCUCGUUCGGCUCUUCUGCGUCUCUCCGUUUGAUCUCUUCUCUCAAUCGAUCCGAUGGGAAGAAAUGGGUUCGAGGGUUUGCCUCUGAUACUGAAGCUGAAGUAGAGAGAAAGGGCAAUGAUACGUUCUACGCGGACAAUGCUGUCUCGUGGAAGUCUCUUGGGUUAUCAGAUAAAGUCUCUGUGGCUCUUCGUGAUUCUGGGUUUGGAAGACCUUCUCUCACUCAGGCUGUUUGCAUACCUUCAAUAUUAUCCGGGAAAGAUGUGAUUGUUGCAGCAGAAACUGGUAGUGGCAAAACACAUGGAUAUCUUGCUCCAAUCAUCGAUCAAUUAACCAACAAUGCUCUUGACUCCGAGCAUAUGGAUAGAGAGGAAAGGCCGAGACAACUGAAGAACAUCUCUCUGAUUCUGUGCCCCAACGUGAUGCUCUGCGAGCAAGUUGUUCGGAUGGUUAAUGGUCUUCUUGGUGAAGAUGGUAAUCCACUUCUCAGAGUUGAAGCUGUUUGUGGCUCACAGGGUUGGCCAGAUAAACAGCCUGAUAUCAUUGUUUCAACACCAGCUGCUCUUCUGAAUAACAUUGAGCCAAAAAGAAACAGGCGUGUGGAGUUUCUUCGUUCUGUCAAAUAUGUGGUCUUUGAUGAAGCUGAUAUGCUUCUGUGCGGAAGCUUCCAGAAUCAGAUUAUCCGUCUGAUAGACAUGAUGCGUUUCGAUGAGAAGCAAGUGUCUCGUUUAGCUACUUCGAACAUCACCAAGCCAGUGGAGCUUGAUGCGGAUUCUCUAGUCCCAGUUGAUUCAGAAGCUGAGGAUGAUGAUGAUGCUGAUUUCGAAGACGAGUCUAUAUCUAUCUCUGAUGAAGAGGAAGAGGAAGAGGAAGAGGAGUAUCUUGAUGAUAUAACCGCACAAACACCCACCAUUGAUAAUGGAACUGGUCCUGACAUUAGAAAGGGAUGGAGGAGAGUGAGAAAGAUCUAUACACGUAGCAAGCAGUAUGUCUUCAUUGCAGCUACUCUUCCGGUUAACGGAAAGAAAACCGCCGGUGGACUUCUGAAGCAUAUGUUUCCAGAUGCUGUUUGGGUUAGCGGUAACUUCCUUCACCGUAACAGUCCUAGACUAAAGCAGAAAUGGGUAGAAGUGACAGUAGACACACAAGUUGAUGCUCUAAUAGAAGCUGUAAGCAGCAACAACAGCAACAACAACACAGAGAGGACAAUGGUGUUUGCAAAUACCGUUGAGGCGGUUGAAGCAGUAGCCGAUGUGUUAGAGAAAGCUAGUAUCCAGUGUUAUCGUUACCACAAGAACCACACGCUGGAAGAACGUGCUAAUAUCUUAGCUGAUUUCAGAGAAAACGGCGGUGUCUUUGUAUGUACUGAUGCUGCUGCUCGUGGAGUUGAUGUUCCUAAUGUCUCACACGUUAUUCAGGCGGAUUUUUCGAGCUGUGCAGUGGAUUUCCUUCACAGGAUAGGUCGAACAGCUAGAGCUGGGCAGUAUGGAACGGUGACUAGUCUAUACACCGAGGCUAACCGGGAUUUGGUGGAUGCAAUCCGUCAAGCAGUGAAGACCGGUCAGCCAGUGGAAACUGCAUUCAGCAGGAAAAGAGGGUUCAGGAACAAGCUUAAGAAGAGAGCUUUUUUGAAAGCUGGAGAAGCAGAGGAGCCUCAAGCUGUGGGAGUUUAA